AUGGACAGCCGAUUCCAGCCUGAAGGACUGUCUUACGACACCAAAGACACAUUCAAUCCUAAUUUCGACAAUGAAAACCAAGCCCGAUAUGCUGUCCAACCUGGUCAGCAACAACCCCAGUACCCUCUCCAGCCGAGCCGGCAACAACAGCAAUACGGUAUUCCAUCAGGCAGCCCAUCUCAACAAGCCCAAUACGGUUUUCAAGGUGGUCCUCGCAUAUCCGGUCCACAGGAGAACGUUUACCCUCCUCAGUCAAACAAUUACUCUCGCCUAUCAGAUCCACAACGAAGCCAAUCGCCACCUCAACUCAAUCCCCAACAGUCACAGUCUUCACUCCAAUCUAACGACACUACCCGCACCAAUACGUGGGUACAUACGCCUAAUGGCCCGCACCCAUCUGGAGACGGAUACUUUACUGGGCCAGUUGAUAGCAAUGGCUAUCCAAUUGAUAUCAAAGACCAACAGGCGGAAAGUCCAUUCAAUGACCCAGCUCUGCCCGUUCGCACGUUUGCCCAGCAGUCUUUGUUACCCCGGUCGCUACCUGCGUCCGUAGACAUCGAGAAGCAUGGGCACGACGACGGCCAUGACCACAAGGGUUGGGAUCACAACACAAAGAUUCCACACAAGAAGGAUCCGAACCAGCCAUAUAUGACGUACGGCGAACGACUUCGCCACUUCACAUGGGCAUGGUACACAUUGACUAUGGCUACAGGCGGCAUCAGCACUCUGAUUGCGGUUCAGCCACAUCCCUUCCCUGGUCUCAUCACAAUUGGUGCUAUCUUCUACAUUAUGAACCUGGUCUUCUUUGCUAGUGUCACUACCACCAUGGUCCUUCGCUUCACCAAGUUCCCCGGCACCUUCAAAGCAUCAAUCACGCACGAACGCGAGGCUCUGUUUCUCGGGCCUUUCUUCCUCUCGAUUGCCACAAUCAUUACGGGAACCCAGAAGUAUAUCAUCGAAUCAUACGAAGACAAUCAUCCAAACCGGGCGUGGGCUAUCACCACCAUGGCCAUAGCCUUCUGGCUCUACACCUUCUUCGCCUUCUGUCUUGCGGCCUUCCAAUACUCGUUCUGUUUCUGCGCGCACACGUACAAGCUCACCAGCUUCAUGCCCUCUUGGCUUCUUCCCAUCUUCCCAGUUAUGCUUUCGGGUACCAUUGCUUCAGUCAUUGCGGCCAGCCAACCAGUUUCAUCGAGAAUGCCCAUCAUCGCCGCGGGGAUGGGAUGUCAGGGGCUGGGUUUUACUGUCGCUAUUCUGAUGUACGCGCAUUACAUUGGCAGGCUUAUGCAAGUUGGUUAUCCAGAUCGAGAGCACCGAGGUGCCAUGUUCAUUGGCGUCGGCCCACCUUCUUUCACAAUUCUGGCUUUCAUCGGCAUGGCCAAAGCUCUCCCCGAUGAUUUCGAUCUGCAGGGCGACGGUUUACUAGACAGUAAAGUGAUCCGAACGAUGGCGCUUGUCGUCGCACUGUUCCUAUGGGUGCUGGCCAUGUGGUUCUUCAUGAUCGCCUUUGUUGCCGUCAUCAACUCGUGGGCUGUCUACUUCCAUCUGGGCUGGUGGGCCAUGGUAUUCCCCAACACAGGCUUCGUCAUCGCCACCAUAUCGAUUGGCAACACGCUCAAAGACGACACGAUUCUGUUUGUGGGGAACGGCCUCACCAUUGCUAUUCUCGUUAUGUGGGUUUUCGUUUUGUUUAAUCAUAUUCGCGCCGUUAUCGUCGGCGAUAUCAUGUACCCUGGGCGCGAUGAGGAUAUCGCGGACCAUUAG